AAAGUGGUUACUUUUUUUCCGGUCUCUUUGUCAAUUAGAAGCUCAACCGACUCUGUCGCUCGUUCUCUUCUUCCUUCGCGGCCCUCUGAGGAGAGGAUCUCAUCGUCUCCCCCUCUCUCCACUGCUUCGUUCCCUCGGAUUAGGGUUCUGAGACCGAGCGCGGAUCCGAUGGGAGGAGGCGCCAUGAGAACCGCGGCCAAGGCGAUGCUGCGCGGGUACCACCCCUCGGCCGCCCCCUUCGCCGGGGCGGCGCGGAGGGCGCCCGUGCCCCCGCCCUCCGCCGCUGUUCCCGUGGCGGCGACGGUGGCCGAGGGAGCGCCGUCGAUCUCCCUCGUCUCCGGCGAUAAGGGCCGCGCCGAGGCGGUGGAGACGGCGCCGCAGUGGGCGCCGACGUGGGAGGUCGACGACGAUGAGUGGGAUUUGGCGGGGUGGGCGGUGGAGGAGGAGACGAAUCCCGCUCCGAGGCUCGUGUUCGGGCCCGUCCCCACCCUGGAUGAGGCUAAGGAGGCGACUUCGGAUCUCACCGAUGCGAUCGAGAAGGUAUACUUCUCUGGAACUGCUGCUGAGAUUUCUGGCAAGGAUGGUCAGGGGAAUAGCUCUCCUGAAGUGGAUUCAAUCAUUCCCUCAAUGCCGAGACAUGUCGUUCAAGCAUUCUCAUUGCUACACGGAAGCCCGGAGGCUCAGAGUGUUGUUGCUUCUCUCGCAUCUGACAAGAACGUCUGGGAUGCCGUAAUGAAAAAUGAGAAGGUCGUGCAAUUCUAUAGGAAUCAUCAGUCAACUUUAACUGAGUCUGCUGCUGAAAAUGCAUUUCCGGCAACUUCUCCAGAGAAAAUUGAUUUUGGUUCUGAAGAUACAUCUGAAGGCUCAGGAUUCGCCGAAUUUUUUAAUGGAAUCAGGAUCAAAGUUGUGGAGAUGGUAAGCAAUAUAUCCAACUUCAUUCAAGAUCUCUUUGGCGCUUCAUCAGAGGCAACCCACUCGAAGGCCGAGAACAGUAAUUCUGAUUCGUAUGUUAAUGCCGCGUUGGGCGGAUCAUUUAUAGCACUAGCUAUAGGAGUGAUCUUGGUGGUUCUGGUAAAGAGAGGCUAGGUCGACUAGCUCAUUCAUCUCUUGCUUCUGAAAACAAGGCCCAUGGUACUCUUCGUAAAGUGUCUAAAUUUGUGGAAAAACUUGCCUUAUUUGUGGUAUUGAAUAUUACUGUGUUUGGUUUGGUUGGAGGACAGGUGUCUAGCGGUUUAAGUCCAAGUUCUUUCCAUUGCGUAUAAAGAGUCAAUAAGAAUUUUUACAGAUAUGAUGUACCGGAAAUGACUCGUCGAUUUGACUACUUGCUUGUAUUGUAUAUACUAACUUAAUAUCAGUUCCUCUCUUUAUA